UAAACAAUAAUUUUACACAGUAAAUAUGUAUAGCUUUAUGCACUACUUGGUGUACAAUGUUAAACUCUAGGGUAACGAAUUUGAUUUGACAAUGAUAAAAAAUAUGUACAUAUGUAUAUAAGUAUAUGGUUUGGUUUGAGUCCCACCCACCCUCAAUAUAUUCUCAAAUGCUAUUUUUGUCCUUGCAAUAAUAAUAAUAUUGUAAAACAGGUAAAGCCCUUCCAUGAAGGCAACAUUGAGAUACUUAGCAGGAAUUGCAGGGCCUAGUGGUUUUGGUUCAAAUUCAACAGCAGAACAAGUUACUCAAAAUUGCUCUUCUUUCCUUCCUUCCGGUCUAACCGCUCUAAUCACUGGUGGAACUUCUGGUAUUGGAGCUGAAACAGCUAGAGUGUUAGCAAAGAGAGGAGUGAGAAUUGUGAUUGGUGCAAGGGACUUGAAGAAGGCAAUGAAAGUGAGAGACAAUAUACAAAAAGAGAGUCCAAAUGCUGAGGUUAUUCUGUUGGAGAUUGAUCUUAGCUCUUUUUGUUCUGUACAAAGAUUUUGUUCUGAUUUUUUAGCUUUAGAUCUUCCACUUAAUAUUCUAAUAAACAAUGCUGGUGUAUUCUCUCAAGAUUUGGAGUUCUCUGCUGAGAAAAUUGAGAUGACAUUUGCCACAAAUUACUUAGGACAUUUUUUGCUAACAGAAAUGUUAUUGGACAAAAUGAUAGAAACGUCCAAGAAGACAGAUAUUCAAGGAAGAAUAAUAAACGUUUCUUCUGUCAUACAUAGCUGGGUGAAGAGACAUGGUUUUUGUUUCAAAGAUAUACUCAAUGGAAAAAACUAUAAUGGAACACGUGCUUAUGCUCAAUCAAAAUUGGCCAAUAUUUUGCAUGCUAAAGAAAUAGCUAGACAACUCAAGGCAAGGAAAGCAAGAGUAACUAUGAAUGCAGUUCAUCCAGGUAUUGUAAAGACAGGAAUUAUUAAAUCUCACAAGGGGUUAAUAACAGAUUCCUUAUUUUUCAUAGCAUCAAAGUUACUGAAAUCGACAUCACAGGGUGCAGCAACUACAUGUUAUGUGGCUUUGAGUCCAAAAACAGAAGGGGUGAGUGGGAAAUACUUCACAGAUUGUAACGAGAGUAAGUGUUCUCGCUUAGCAAAUGAAGAAUCAGAAGCUCAAAAGUUAUGGAACAAUACUCAUGCCUUGAUACACAAACGACUCCACCAAGCAACAAACAAUAUGUAGUAUUCCUCCUUAAUUUUCUAGACUUAAUAGUCUAUAAGAUAUUGUAUAUAUUGGAUCAUUUUGAGCUGUAAAAAAAAGGCAACGUAAAAUGACUGAUAUAGUAACCCCCUCCCUAUGUGUAGUUGGCCAAUUUGAUUUGUUGUACAAACAAGAGAUCACCCUAUAAAGCAUAUAACCAUUAUAAUAAAGCAAAUAUGCAUGAGAGCCAAUGCUAUAUAUUCCUUGUAAUCGAUUAGUAUUAUUAUUACUGGUGUCUGGUAGUAUCCAAGUA